AUGGCGUCGAGUUCAGCAUCAUCUUUAAUGGCAUCUAAAACUGUACUCUCCGAAACAGCUCUGUUUUUCUCCUCACAGAGAACAAUCAAACGGAGUUUCUUCUCAUUCACACAAGCUUCUCCUUCUGUUAAAUCCCUGAGAACAAGAUCUUUAAAUGCCACUAAGUUCGACCAAGUAACCAACAGUCUCGACGAAGACAUGGACCAGAUUCGACGGUUACAGAACGGUUCUGACGUGAGAGGAGUCGCAUUGGAAGGAGAGAAAGGCCGAACGGUUGACCUAACGCCUGCAGCUGUUGAAGCAAUUGCAGAGAGCUUCGGAGAAUGGGUUACGGCAACGGAAAGUAGCGGAAAUGGUGUCAUUAAGGUUUCUCUCGGACGGGACCCACGAGUUUCCGGUGGGAAGCUAAGCACGGCCGUUUUCGCGGGUUUAGCUCGUGCAGGCUGUUUAGCUUUUGACAUGGGUUUAGCUACUUCUCCUGCUUGCUUCAUGAGCACGUUACUUCCUCCAUUCGAAUACGACGCUUCAAUUAUGAUGACGGCGUCUCAUUUACCGUAUACAAGAAACGGUCUCAAGUUCUUUACGAAGAAAGGAGGAUUAACUUCUCCUGAAGUGGAGAAGAUAUGCGAUUUAGCCGCUCGAAAAUACGCAAAUAGGCAAACUAAAGUCUCUACAUUGAUUAAAACUCAACCCAAGCAAGUCGAUUUCAUGAGCGCUUAUUCUAAGCACCUUCGAGAAAUCAUUAAAGAGAGAAUCAAUCACCCUGAACACUACGACACUCCUCUCAAAGGAUUCCAGAUAGUAGUGAAUGCGGGUAAUGGGUCAGGGGGAUUCUUUACGUGGGACGUUCUAGACAAGUUAGGAGCCGAUACAUUCGGUUCUCUGUAUCUUAACCCAGACGGGAUGUUCCCGAAUCACAUUCCUAAUCCGGAAGACAAAACCGCAAUGUCACACACCAGAGCCGCGGUUCUUGAGAACUCAGCGGAUCUCGGGGUUGUGUUUGACACGGAUGUUGAUAGGAGCGGUGUGGUGGAUAACAGAGGAAAUCCGAUAAACGGAGAUAAGCUCAUUGCCCUUAUGUCAGCUAUUGUGCUUAAAGAACAUCCAGGAACUACAAUAGUGACGGAUGCAAGAACGAGUAUGGGGCUAACUAGGUUUAUAACAGAGAGAGGAGGAAGACAUUGUUUGUACAGAGUAGGUUAUAGAAACGUGAUCGACAAGGGAGUAGAGCUGAACAGAGACGGUAUCGAAGCUCAUCUCAUGAUGGAAACUUCAGGACAUGGUGCUGUUAAGGAGAAUCACUUCUUGGAUGAUGGUGCAUACAUGGUGGUGAAGAUCAUAAUUGAAAUGGUGAGAAUGAGACUCGCAGGAUCAAAAGAAGGUAUCGGUAGUCUGAUCGAAGAUCUUGAGGAGCCGUUAGAAGCGGUUGAGCUGCGGAUGAAUAUUUUGUCAGCGCCAAGAGAUGCCAAAGCAAAAGGCAUUGAAGCCAUUGAGACAUUUAGGCAAUUCAUCGAGGAAGGAAAACUAAAAGGGUGGGACUUGGAUUCAUGUGGGGAAUGUUGGGUGAGUGAAGGUUGCUUGGUGGACUCAAAUGAUCAUCCAUCUGCCAUUGAUGCUCACAUGUAUAGGGCAAAAGUGAGGGAUGAAGAGAGUGGAGAAGAGUAUGGGUGGGUGCACAUGAGGCAGAGUAUUCAUAACCCUAACAUUGCACUUAAUAUGCAAUCAAUGCUUCCUGGUGGAUGUGUCUCCAUGACAAGACUCUUCAGAGACAAGUUUCUGGAAGCUAGUGGGAUGGCUCGAUUCCUAGAUAUAAGUGACUUCGACAGUUACAUCGGAAGUCAAUCUUGA